GUCUGUGUUGUGCGCAUGCGCGGUGCGACUCGUCCGCCUCCCAGUGAACUUCCUUGUUGGCUGAAGCAGCAGCAGUUUUAGCAGCAGAGAGUCCAGCGUCGCUUCUGUGAGAAACAAACGCGACGAGCUUCUUCUCCUUGUUUCCUGCGACUCUCACAAAUGUCGAAGCCUCCUCCCAAACCGGCCAAACCAGGCCAAGUGAAGGUGUUCAGAGCCUUGUUCACCUUUGAACCCAGAACACCAGACGAGUUGUACUUUGAAGAAUGUGACAUCUUGUACAUCUCAGACACGAGUGACACUAAUUGGUGGAAGGGAACAUGCAGAGGAAGGACAGGACUAAUUCCAAGUAACUAUGUGGCGGAGCAGGCAGAGUCUAUUGACAAUCCAAUGCAUGAAGCAGCCAAACGAGGAAAUCUGAGCUGGCUAAGGGAAUGUUUGGAGAACAAGGUUGGAAUUAAUGGGCUGGAUAAGGCAGGAAACACUGCCCUCUACUGGGGCUGUCAUGGAGGACACAAAGAUGUGGUGGAGCUGUUACUCGGUCAGUCCAGUGUGGAGCUCAACCAGCAGAAUAAACUUGGGGACACCGUUCUGCAUGCUGCGGCCUGGAAGGGAUACUCUGACAUUGUGGAAAUGUUGCUGAACAAGAAUGCGAGGACGGACAUCAGGAACAAUGAGAAUAAGCUGGCUCUGGAAAUGGCCACCAACGCUCAGUGUGCUUCACUUCUGAAAAGGAAGCAGGGAAGCACCGUCACUCGCACACAAAGCAACGCUGAAGAGUAUUUGGACGAUGAGGACUCGGACUAAGCUGACCCUGUUUAAACACUGCCGCUGUAUUCCAUUGGGUUUGGCGGGUUGGGAGAGUUUUUAUUACAGACCAAAAAUGGAUUUGCUGCUCUGUUGUCAUCUGUAAUUCCAUUUUUGUUCUAUUACUUUGUACAAACACCUCAGUUGUCGGCCCUCUGCAUCGCAUCAGUGUGAAUUUCAAAGCAUUGGAUUAAUGCGGUUUUACUAACUUACUUAUUAACUACCCAUUUUUUCAAAGUUCAUCUCCAUGUGCGAGGAGUUUGUCUUGGGUCAUCGGUUUCACACUACGGGCAGAGGGGCAGAAUUUACAGUACGUAGUUGUGGAAAAGGGACCAAAGCUCUAAAAGCACAUUUCAAAUGUAGAGAUUAUGAUUAACCUAUUUAAAGUGAGAAUUAAAGUGCCACUGCAGAUUAAAAGAUUGAUCAGAUCUUUGUGUAGUUUUCAAGCUCCACUGAAAUUCCUGAACUGCAGAGUCACCUUAAAGGAAUCUCUUGCAGCUUAAUGCUUUCUCACCACUGGGCAUAGUUUAUAUAUAUUUAUGUACAUUGGGGAGACAGAGCAACAUGUGUAAUAUUUCCCUUUAAUAUGAGGUAGGACACAUUUUCCUGCGUUCCCACCUUCCCAAUGUGAUGUCUUGAAAUCUCACCUCUCACUUUUUGUGCUGCAGGUAUUUUGGUCUGUGUUGUAACAUUUCCACUGCUGUUAAACAUCCAUCAGUUCAGUGAAACAAAACAAAUCUGUGCUGUGUAAAACCUUAGUUUCAUCCUUCAAGCUUUUGAUGAUUAGAUUUCCAUCCUGGGAGCAAUUUUCUGGUUUCAUUGCUGCUUUCCUACAAAUAAUAUUAAAGUGCCUUAAA